GUCCACCUUCGAUUUAUCAACUGAUAUAGAUUCAUGUAGUCUCCGCCUCAACAGUCCCUUCCUUUUAUUCGCGCGAAAUUCUAAAUAAGUAUGUCAUCGACGAAAUAUUUUGAAGACCCACAACUCGAAGUAUUUGAAUUUCGCGCUAUUGCUUCGCUCGAAAAAUUCUCACCAAUCAGGACAGUUUAUGAAAUGGCGCCAGUUUGUAUAGUAACCGGUUAAAAGUGCUGAAGAAAUUUUGACAAUUGUUGAUAUAUUUCAAACAAUCAGAGUAUUUUCAUAUAAAAUGGCACAGUCUACGCAAAUAAUAGAGACCCUUGACGAUUGUUUUGUGAAAACGGCAACUAAUAUUAUAAAAUAUUACGCUAAUGAAGAAGAAAGGACAAAAUUAUUGGGACAGUUGAGAGAUGUCUUAAAAGAAAGCUGCAACGAAUCUGAAAGAUUAACAGCUGCAAAUGAGAUCAGACAGCAACAGGAAUUUGCUUUUGACCCAGAAACCAGAAAGGUUGAAGACAUUCUAAAUGAAUAUAAGGAAGCUUUAUCUAAUAUCAAAGUUGAUUCAUCGCAAUGUAGCAGGUUAUUGGAGUAUGAUCAGCAGAUUGAAGGAUUACUUCAAGCUAAUGCAGAUUCAGCGAAUAAUGAAUUGGACGAUACAGAUGCAGAUUUGCGAUUGACAUGUAGCGAAAUAAACGUAAUAGAUCCAAUUACGAAAACAAGGAUGACCAAUCCAGUGAGAAAUACAGUCUGUGGUCAUGUGUAUGAUAAAGAAAGCCUUACUGCAAUGUUACAAAAUAAAAAUACCAGAUGUCCUGUGGCAGGAUGCACCACUAAAGACUAUAUAGACUUAAACCAAUGUCGCACUGAUUUUGUGACAAAAGCGUACCUAGAAAAAACCCUGCUUAGGUUUGGAAGCAGAUGCAAUAAUUUAUAUUAGA